CUGUUGUUCCGUGGCGUUUAUUUUGAAACUUCCGGUGUCCUGAGGACCCUUUAGGUGCCCAAUGCGGCCGCCUGGUUUAAAAUUUCAGCAGUUCGCUGGUGCAGGUCCACCCAGGUGCAUGCUGGGAUUGCGGGCUCUGUUCGGCAUCGGACUCCUUGUGACGUCACGGGGAUCCGCUGUCACACGCAGAGCAGCACACACACGUGUGUGUGAGCACGUUUACAAACCACCAGGGUUCAGCAGGCAGAGCUGCAGCAUGGCCCAGUCCAUCAAGUUCUUAGGUCAGGAGGAAGCUCAGAAGAUUGAUGAGGAGCUGUUCUCUGAGUACAGCUUCAGUGUGGACCAGCUAAUGGAGCUCGCAGGACUCAGCUGUGCAACGGCUGUUACCAAGGCAUAUCCUUUGCAGUCUCUGCUUAAAUUCCCUCCCAGUGUGUUGGUGAUUUGUGGUCCAGGGAAUAACGGAGGUGACGGUUUGGUCUGCGCUCGACAUCUAAAACUGUUUGGAUAUGAUCCUGCAGUUCUUUACCCAAAACGACCAAACAAACAACUUUUCCAGAAUUUAACCACUCAGUGUGAGAAGAUGGAGAUUCCCUUGCUGUCUGAGAUGCCAGAGGCCAAUGAGGUGGACGAGAUUUAUAACGUGGUGAUCGACGCGGUCUUUGGUUUCAGCUUUAAAGGGGCAGUGCGCGAGCCGUUUGCCACCAUUUUAUCCACCCUGAAGAAGAUCAGCGUUCCCAUCGCCAGCAUCGACGUCCCCUCAGGUUGGGACGUAGAGAAAGGAGCCUCUGACGGGAUCCAACCUGACCUGCUGGUCUCCCUCACCGCUCCCAAGAAAGCUGCGUCUCAUUUUCAGGGACGGUAUCACUACCUGGGAGGACGAUUUGUCCCUCCGGCUCUGGACAAAAAGUAUAACCUGAACCUGCCCCAGUAUCCCGGGACUGAGUGUGUGCUCCGACUCGCCUGACCGAGAGAGACACGUUUCUGUGUAGAUCUCACUGUAGAUCUCACUUUACUGUCCCUCAGUGGAAGGUGAUUGAGAUAUGGAUGGAUAUUUUCCAAAAUUUGGUUUUCAAUAAACAUCAUGACCUGGAUAAAAUA